UCCUCACUUCCUUUUCCAACCACUUAUUCUCGUGCUUCAUCUCAUAAAACGGACUCUUCCUUGGACGAACUCUGCCAGAUAAGUAUUGCAACCAUGGCGGAACACAACAUUGUUGUCUUUGCGGGCGACCACUGUGGCCCAGAGGUUAUUGCCGAGGCAAUUAAAGUUAUUAAGGCAGUUGAGGACAUCAGCCCGACUGCUGGCAAAUUCAAUUUGGAGCACCUGCUGCUCGGAGGGUGCUCUAUCGACAAGACCGGCACCCCUCUUACAGACGAGGCCCUCGCCGCCGCCAAAGCCUCCGACGCUGUGCUUCUCGGCGCCAUUGGCGGCCCUGAAUGGGGCACUGGCGCCGUUCGCCCGGAGCAGGGCCUUCUAAAGCUACGCAGUGAGAUGUGCGCCUAUGGAAACCUCCGUCCCUGUUUCUUCGCGUCCGACGCCCUUGUCGAGACCUCCCCCCUAAAGGCGUCUGUCUGCCGUGGCGUCGACAUGAUGCUAGUCCGGGAAUUAACCUCAGGCUUGUAUUUCGGAGAGCGGAAAGAGUACGAUGGAGUCAAUGCGUUCGACACUACUGUUUAUACGAAACCAGAAAUCGAGCGUAUCGCGCGGCUGGGCGGCUACCUAGCCAGGACUAGGGGAGACUCGCGGGUCAUCUCGCUAGAUAAGGCAAAUGUGUUGGCGACAAGCAGACUAUGGCGUUCUGUGGUUGACGAGGUUUAUAAAAACGAGUUCCCUGAUCUGAAGGUUGAGCAUCAGCUCAUUGACAGCGCGGCCAUGAUCAUGGUCAAGAACCCGACGCAGCUCAAUGGCGUUAUGAUAGCGCCAAACUUGGCAGGGGAUAUUCUCAGCGACGAGGCGAGCGCUAUAACUGGCAGCAUAGGGCUCCUCCCGAGCGCGAGUCUCUGCGGGGUUCCGGAAGUAGGCUCUAAAGUGCUUUCUAUCUAUGAACCUAUUCAUGGUAGCGCGCCGGACAUAUCAGGGAAAGGGAUUGUCAAUCCCAUUGGCACCAUCCUUUCCGUGGCUAUGAUGUUCCGGUACUCUCUGAAUCUUGCCCACGAGGCCAAACUCGUUGAGGACGCGGUUCGCGCUGCCAUCGACGGCGGGCUAAGAACCAAGGAUAUGGGCGGCAGCACAGGCACCGCUGAAGCAGGAGAUGCCAUCGUUGCUGAGCUGGUCAAGACUCUCAAGGCAUGAGAUAUCUCACGCCUUAAUGAGAAUAGACAGAGAGGUUGAAAGGAGGAAAUAGAGGUGGAGGGUUGGAAGUUAUAAAAAAAGAUAGUUGCUGGGAAUCGUGAGUCAACAACAGGAGUGGUGGAACAAAACAGUGGUUGACAGGAAAAGGGUUCAGAAGAGACUAUUUAUUUACUGGCGAAGAAAUAAAAAGAGCGCAGUUAAUAACAGUCAAGCUAGACGCAGCUUUGUCCUUACAAAAGAGAGACCCUAAACAUACAGAUAUG